AUGAAAAAUUAAACAAAUUAAUCAGAGAUUUGUCAAUAUUGCAAUUUAAGUGACUGUGAAUGUUCAGACCCAGAAGAUUGGGACAGUUGUGAAUCACCUAAACCAAAAACACUCUAUUCUUUCAAAGAAAUCAAUCUACAAAACAAAUCAUUAUUAGCUGAAAUCAGAAUCAUUUGCAAAAAUUUGAUUUAUGUGAUUGGUUUAGCACCUAAUAUUGCUAAAGAAGAUGUAAUCUCAUAUUGUUAUCUGAGCAAUUGAAAAAACUGGAAUAUUUCGGUCAAUAUGGUUAAAUCUAAAAAUUAAUUGUGAUACAAAGUAACACCUUCAAUCCCCCAUCUCAUGCUGCUUAUAUAACUUAUCGAAAUGAAUAAGAAGCAUCUUUAGCAAUCUUAGUAAAAAUAAUUAAUAUAUAUUUGUUUUGGCAUGUGAAAAAUUUCCCUUACACGACAGAUAAGUAAAGGCUUCCUUUGGAACCACCAAAUAUUGUACAAACUUCUUAAAGGGUCAGUAAUGUAAAAUCAAGGAUUGUGUAUACUUGCAUCAACACCCUAAAGACAAAGACUCUACACAAGUGUUAAAAAAAGUAUGUACAUCUAAUAAUAUUUAGGAAGAAAUGAAUAACUCCAAGUGGUUAUUUUCUUAUUCAUAAAAACUAGCUUAAGCAAACUUUAAAAAGUUUUACACUAAAAUCAAUUACAAAAAUGCCCUACAAAAAUCAGUAUUUCCAACCACAUAAAAUAUAUUGGAUAAUAUGAUAAAAGAAAGAGUUGUUGAACCAAUUUAAUAACAAUAAUAAUAAAUAAAUGUUUAAUGGGAAGAAAUAAAAGAAACAUAAUAAAAAUAAGAAUUGCCAUAAACUUUUUAAUAAUAAAAGCCCAUCGACAUAGAAAAAAGAGUAGAAGCUGUCAUUCUCAAAAGUAUAUCUAUUUCUUAAUCAUAGUGGAUGGAGAUAGCAAUAGCAACUCGAGAUUUAAAUUUACAAAUAGUAAAAAUGUACCAUAAGAUUAUGAGGCAAUAUAAUAAAUAAAAUAAUAUCUACAAAAAUGA